GGUACCUGUACCUAGGUAGGUUAGGUACCUCACUUCUUUAUUGAUCUAAGCUACUAGCUACCCUUUCAAAAGCUUCAAAAAAAUUUCCCAAGUUCCAUCACCCAAUCGAAAAACACCAAGCCGACUUCACGUCUAAUUAACUUGGGUUAUUGGUGUAGCCUUGAAUUCAUUUCCAACUGUAUUGUUGCGAUUUUCGCACUUCUUGCACCCCCAUUUGUAUCCUUACGUGACCUUAGCUAGCCCUUUGACAUAUUAUAUUGUUUUUAACAGAUUGGCUAUUAUUAUCAAGAUGCUCUUUAACUCUCCCUUCUAUUAAUGGAAUACGACAUCUCCUUUUCUCCUCUUCACGUUUCUACUGCUGUACUAUCAAGCUUCUUCGGGCGUUAGGAGUCCUUGUAUACGUCGUUUCGAUGGAGAGAAAGCGAAAGCUCCCCGCGAGGGCUGCCGCGAGAGUUGAGCAUGUCUCUAAAAAGCGAACGGCGACGCCUCCCGAGCGAUCUGUCACUCCAGUUGCUGCUGCACUAUCGACUCCGGCGCCUGCUGAGACUGCCCCGGAAGAUCCUCCUCUACCGAAAUCUAUACAGGCUGGCAAUCCUUUACCGACCGUCGAGCAUCCACAACCAGAUGAUCUCUUAAGUAAGGACUACCAGUCCAUUCAAGAAAGCGGGGUUUUAGCCGAAUCACUUUCCAGAUCGCGUCAGAAAUGGGUUCAUGAAGGUGUCUUUGAGAAGUACUGGACCAAACCUACGAAACGAAAAGGCGUUGUCAAAGAGGACCCCAACAACCCUCCCAAAGAUAGCAUGACCAAGAUCGGCCAAGUUACAAUUACUGUUGAGCCUCAUGUCCUCGAAGCUACCAUGUACGCUGUUAAAGACCCGAAACCUGCGCCUACCACCAAUUCUGCUUUCCGACCUAUCGUACAAUACGGCCCUCCGAAUGGCACCAUGCCUCCUCCGAAACCAAGCACAGCAUCCACUCCCAACGCACCGUCAGCCUCGCCUUCACAAGCACAGGCCCAACCCCCGUCCCAGCCUUCCUCAGCAGCGCAACCGCCAGUACAAGCGCAAAUUCCAACUCCAUCUCAGUCGCAAGUGCAGCAAUCAGAUCUUCAACGACCUCCGUCUGCCACCAUACCUCUUAAUAAGCCAUUAGCCUCCCCACGCGGCCUAGAGUCGGUUCUAGCCGCCCCACAACACCCAUCAACUCUCCCUCCCGCGACCGGUCCUUCGCAGCCAGCGCCCCCUCAACCUAGAGGGCCUUCUCAGCCUGUAUUGAAUACCAAUCGGCCGCUACAUGCUCCUAGCCCGGGAGCAAUUCCAGCCGUCACAGGGCCGACCAUUCCCGCGCCAGCCAAGCCGGUACCACCAGCCACGAAGCCAGCAACGCCGGCUGCCCCUGGCGCUGAUCCUAUUAUAGUUACACUGGCGGAGAGAGCGUCCGAAGAUCCCCAGCUUCGUGAUCUAAUGAAGCGUGUCGCUAUUGGCGAUGCUGCACCGGCAGAGUUGGCGCAUUUUCAGAAAAUAAUUGACCAAAUUACUGCCGAUUAUAAGAGGAAAGGAGGGCAGCAAGGUCCCUCUGCGGAUAGGCUAAUCGUAGAUGGAAGAACAGUGAAGUAUUUUGCUGACGAGGUCCGAACUAUACUUGACAUUGUUCUCGCUUCUAAUCCGCAUCAGAGGUCGAAUGACUUAAGAACACCACCCGGAAGUGACCCGUUAGUAAUUCUGCUCGUGAGGAAGGCCUUGGACGACAUGACUACGCGAGACAUCGUUAGGAGAGUAGCCGAGGGCAAAACUAAAUUCACAGAUACAACGGAUUUGAAGACAACGCUCGACAAGUUGAAAGAUCUUGUAGUGAAGGAGACACCGAAGCCUCAACAGGCGACGACAGGCGCUCCUCAAACGCCGACUACGAACGGAGUAGAGAAUCCGACGGUGCAGAACGGUUCUGUAUCAAGAAAGGCUUCACUUACUGGAUCAGGGCAAACUACUCAUGCGUCCAGUUCUCAACAAGCUCUACGCUCAAAAGGGCCGCCGCCCUCCACCAAACCCGAUAUCUCGGCCAUUGUAUUGGAAUUUUCUGGAGGUACCGGUGAUAGGUAUCUGUUCCCCAAGUACAGUAUCAUUGAAUUUGUCAACCCCACUCAAGCCAUUGCAUCUUUUCUCAUAGUACGAAAGGGAAGCAAGCUGGAGUACGGAGGAGAUCCCGCAUUGGAUUAUUAUCAGCCUGUGACGAUCCGCAUAUAUGCGCAGUCCCCAAAGCAUUUAGAGAGCUUGGCUAGAGUGGUUGCUCCUCAGGAUGAGGUGCAACGCUAUAUGGAUGAUGUCAUGGAUAAUAUGACACGGGCUGAAUAUGUGCUCCUCGCCAUGCGCCUCCCAAGGGCGGAUAAAGAGGAGCAAGCAGAAGAGGGCACCAGCAUCCCGAAAGCAGAUCCAGUAAAUCAGCCUCAACAGCCCGGGGUGCUGUGGAACAGUAAAGCGUCUUCUACGGCAACCCCGCCGCAGAAGCCCAUAACAAAACCACUAGGCGAUGAUGAGCAAUACCAGAGCUUCAUCGCCACUGUAAGCUAGAAAGUCAGGGUAGAGAAUGCUCUCGGAUUCUUGCGUGGACAUCUCCUGAAUUGAGGGGUUGAAGGAUUCGUCUAACUAUUUAGAAGUCGAAGAAAAUGAAUGGCGCGAAUAUGGGAUUAAGGGUUUUUGUUUUAAUGGGCUCGAGGAUUCGAUGAGAUACCUAGGUUGGGUGGAAUGGGCGUAUUUGCGCCCCAAACAAUGCGACUGUGAACAUUACAUAUGAGGUCAACGGUGCUUUCUCACGCGUUCGUUACGUUGCGUUCUUCACUCCAUAGCACCCGUGUCAACA